GAAGAGGAGGGGGCUGGAGGCAGCGGGUGCAGCUCAGGGAGGUCCCUGUAGGGCUUUUUCUGGAUGUUAAGCUCAGGUUUGGGUUGAGCCCGGCUCUGCUGAGCCUGGUUUGGGUUCCCAAGGGGGUUUCGGGGUCUUCUGAGCUGUCCCAGCUCCCCAAAUCCACCCCAGCCCACCCCAGGGGAGUGCCAGGAGGGGCUUUGGGACCGUUUUGGGUUGGUUUUGUUGGUUUUGACCUUGGCAGGGCCACGCACGGGACUUGGAUGAUCCUGGUGGGUCCUUCCACCUGGCACCCCCCGAUUCCAUGCCCCAGAUCGGGGCAUUUUGGGGUAUUUUGGGGUAUUUUAUGAUUCCCUGCUGGUGCACAGCCCCAAAACCUCCUGGGUUUCGGAACAGCCCCAGCUUGGCCCCAAGCCCCGUUUUCCACUGCGAGAAACCCGACGGGUUUGGGGUUUUCGUUGUUGGGGGUGAGGCGUGAAGCCCACAGGAUGUGGGGCCGCUGCUCCGCUCCAGCUCAGCCCCCUCGGGGAGCCGUGGGACCUCCUGAGCUGGAAAACCCCCCCCGGAUCAUCCACCCCAACCCCAGGCCACCCCAAAAUCAAUCCCAAAAUCCCGCCCGCUGUCUGGAAGGGGUCUCCAAACCCUCCUGGAGGUUUUGGGGUCGGGGUCGUUGCCGGGGGAGCUCUUCCAGAGCCCCAAAACCCUCUGAGGGCAGAAUUUCCUGGGUCUCCAUCCCAAAUCCCGCCUGGAACAUCUCCGGCCGCCCCUGGGAUCCCGUCCCCGCUCCCUCGGAAUUCCCGGCCUUUCCCUCCCUCUCCUCUUUCCCAAAAUUCCCUUUUGAGGCCCCUCCUGACCUUUGGCCCUCUGGCGAUGUCCCCAGACUCUGUCCCACGUCCCCUGAGGUGACGUCGGGGUGGAUAUUCCCAUUCCCCACCCCUGAAUUUGGGGGACAGCGGGCAAAUCCCAAAUCCCGCGAAUUCCCAGCUCUCGGCUUCCAGGAAGAGCAGUCGGGGGACGGGAAUGUCACCGAGGAGACCCCGGAGGGGACGCGGGACCUCCUGGAGCCACCAGGACACCCCAGCACGGCCACCGGGGACGGGGGCGCGGUGACAGCGUGGCCGAGGGUCGCCACGAGCCCUCCUCCGAGCCUUGGGGACCUCGCGGUGACGCCGGCGGGGAACCAAACCCGAACCUCCUCGGGUGUCCCAGCCCGCUACUGGUCCCCCGUCAUCUUCGUGGCACUGGCCCUGCUCGUGCUCUUUGUCACCUACCGGAGGAACAAGGACAAAGGGCUCCGGGACGGGGCCGCGAGCGGCAGCGACUCCUCGGAUCUGGGGGCUCUGGUCCAGCCCCACACCUGCGACUCCAUCCCAAAAAUCCCGGAGGUCACCGAGACCCCCUUGGAGCAGCCCGACCCUCCCCAGGCCCCGCCGGAUUCACCCCCGGGAGGCUCCUGAGGGUCCCAGGGUGGCCCCAGGGGCUCCCGGGCUCCCCCGGGGACACGAGGCCACCCCGAGGUCCCUCCGGCGUCCCCCGCGCGAGGAACAGCACGAAAAGCGGGAUUUUAUCCCAAAAAUCCCUGGAAUUUCUCUGCCGGGACACGCAGCCUCCUCUGGCGUUUCCCCCCGCGUGUUUCGGGGCGCUUCUGGGGGAUCUGGGGUGGGAUGAGCACAAAAGGAGUUGGGCUGCGACCCCAAACCCUCGGCCCCAAAAAUCCCAAGGUUUUGGCCCCACAGAUCCCAAAAUUUUGGCUCCGUAGAGCCCUAAACUUUAGUGGGAAACACCCCAAACCCUGGCCUCAUAAAUCCCGAAUCCUUGACCCCACAGACCCCAAAUCCUUCACCCCAAAGACCCCAAAUCCUUGGCCCCAAAGACCCCAAAUCCUUCACCCCAAGGACCCCAAAUCCUUGACCCCACAAACCCCAAACUGUUUUCCCCACAAAUCCCAAAACUUUUCCCUGUAGACCCCAAAUCCUUGACCCCACAAACCCCAAAUCCUUGGCCCCAAAAACCCCAAAUCCUUGGCCCCACA